GUUAUUCUUAAAAGUUUUAGUUCCAUAGUAUUAUCUCAAAGUAUUUUAAAAAAAUGUGUAUUGCUACAAAAUUUAAAUCCACAUUUCAGAAAAUCCCAGACGUUGAAAAAUAUAUCUGAUUCACAGUAGCAACUAUAACACGCAAAACUAAUUCCCAGUAACGCUACCAAUCGAUCUUUCUUGGGUUUUUCCAAGAGAUUCUUCAUUUUGUACGCGGCUGGUUAUGUGAAGAACCAGGUCCUAUUAAACGUUUAUUUAAAAACGUACUGACACAGGGCCCGGAGAGUUUCGUUCGCGGACCCAGAGUGUAAGCUAGUUUAAGAGGUUCUUGUUGGUAACCAGUUUUCAACGAAAAUUUGACGACUCACGAAUGUGCGAUCUUUGUUAACUGAAAGUUUGUAUUGUAUACUCUCUUGGAUUUGGAUCAAUAUACCUGCGUUUCUAAAGUGAUUUUUAUGAAUAACAGGAGUAUUUUUAGAUCCUUCGCUUAAUUGGAGGUUUUGGAAGGGAAUUUAAUAUAUAGUCCUCUUCUCAGCAAAAUAGGAUUUGAAAUGACGGUCUUGGCUUAUGAAAAUCUUUUUAAAGGCACCCUGUUUCAGAUAAUUGCUGUUUUAUCAGGCACCUUGAACGCAAUCAGUGAUGGAAUGCAAUAUGGAUGGACCGCUCCUGUGUUACCCAUUCUCCUUGGUAAGGACUCUCCUGUGCCAAUUACGGAAUGGGAAGGUGAAAUGUUGGAAACCUUCUUAUGGGUAGGAUCGUUAUCAUGUCUGCCAUUAACUAUGUAUCUUGUUGACAAAAUAGGAAGAAAAAAUUCGAUUUUAUUAGCAGCAGUACUAACACUAACAGUGUGGAUUAUUACAGCUUUAGCUCCAUCUGUAGAGUAUUUGUAUGUUGCGAGGUUCUUAGCAGGAACAGCUAGUAAUACAGCAUAUGUCUCAACUCCCAUGUAUAUAGCUGAAAUAGCUGAACAAAAAAUUCGAGGGUUUUUGAGUAGUCUUAUUUAUCUUAUGAUGUUACUCGGUAUAUUUUUGAUUUAUGCUGUAGCACCAUAUAUUCCUUAUUAUGCGCAUUGCACUAUAGGUGCAAUUCUGGCUUGUUUAGAACUUGGUAUCUUUCCAUUUAUGCCAGAAAGUCCUUAUUUCUUAGUCUUUAAAGGAAAACAUGAAGAAGCUAAAAAGUCUUUGAAAUGGUUAAGACCUGCUGGUGCCGAUGUAGAAACUGAGCUUAAUGAAAUUAACGCAGCAAUUGAAAGACAAAAGACAGAAAAAGAUAAAAUUUGGGAUUUAUUUAUAGUACCCAGUUACAGAAAAGGCAUUAUAAUUAUGUUUGUUUUAAAUGGUGCCCAACAUUUUAGUAGUAUUAGUGUACUUUUAAUGAAUUUACAUAUUAUUUUGGAUGCUGCUGGAUCAACAUACAUAGAGCCAGCUACCGCUGGAAUAUUAUUUGCCUUCAUAUUACUGUUAGCUGCCACAGUAGCUUCGAUUUCAGUUGAUAAAUAUGGCCGAAGAACUCUAUUAAUUUCAUCCAGUUUGUUAACUGGUGUAUGUCUUUUUAUACUAGCAGUUUACUUUACUGUAAAAAAUUCUGGAUAUGAAACAGCAUCCGUCAGUUGGAUACCCAUAGUAUGUAUUAUGGUGUACGCUUGUGUCUUUAAAUUGGGACUAGGUCUAGUUCCCAUAGUUCUUGCUCCAGAACUCUUCCCUGCCAACGUUAAAGGAUACGGUAUGACUUUAGUCGACGCAACAUAUGUUAUAGCUUCACUAUUGUCCCUUCAGAUCUAUCAGCGGCUAGCAGACAAUUUUGGUUUAGAGUAUCCAUUUUAUGUCUUUUCAAUAAGCUGUAUAUUUACAGCCAUUUUUAGUUAUUAUAUUGUUCCUGAAACUAAAGGUAAAUCUUUGGAAGAAAUUCAAAUGAUUCUAAAGGGAAAGAACAAGGAAAAAGAAAAGGAAAAGGAGAUUGAAAACACUCGAGUUUAAUUUCAGUAAAACGUAAUAAUUGUACAUAGGUACUGUUUUCUUUUAUGCAUUCUGUGAAUACGAGAACUAAAAUGUGAUUCAUAAAUUAUUUGUUCAAGUCAAUUUAUUCGUCCGUCAUUAUAUAAAUAGGGGAAAAUUCUGUGUUUAGAUUGUUAAUAUUAUUGUGAUAUAUUUUUGUAUAUAGUAGGUAACUAAUUUAUUGUAAAAUAAAAUAACUGUAAAUUAUAUUGUAGCUUAAAAUUUAGAAAUAAAUUAUUUUUUUAGAUUGUAUAUUAUUAGGUUCUUUAAUAAAUAUAGUUUUUUU